UUGCUUUCACUCUGUCUCUCAACGGAACAGCUGAAAUUUCGGUCAAUAGGUAAUUUCUCCAAAAACCCAAGAGCUCGGAGCAUCCGAAACGGAACAAAAGUUACGGGUUUUGGUUAUAGUAGAGAGUGUUGAAUUGAGAGAUGCCAAUGGCGGCGGGGCCAGCAUUGCCGACAGCCAUGGGACCGAUGAUGCAAGCUGUGCCGGCGGUUUCUGACGUUUUGGAUAAGGAUACGAUCAUUUCUUGGUUCCGAGGGGAAUUCGCGGCGGCCAAUGCCAUCAUCGACGCUCUUUGCGGUCACUUGGCGGAGCUUCAAGGAGGUGGAGGAUCGGAGUACGAAGCGGUGUUCACGGCGAUCCACAGGAGGAGGCUGAAAUGGAUCCCGGUGCUGCAGAUGCAGAAGUACCACUCCAUUGUUGAUGUGACGGAGGAACUGAAAAAGGUGGCUGACAAGAAGGCCGUCGGAGGAGAUGGAUUGGACAAUGAGGACGUUAAAAGUGGUGGUUGUUUGGAUGAUGAGAAAGAGAAAGUUGCCCAGAAAAUUAUGGAAAACGAAGGAAAUGGGGGAGUUGGCGGCGAAGAAGAAGAAGAUUCCCCUGUCAGUAAUGCUACCGAUUCAGGAUCUCAGGAAAUUCAGCAUGUUGAGGAAAACAUCGACAUUUGUUCGAACCAUGAAGAAUGUGAUGCACGCGCAUCUCGGAUCAAGCUGACGAAAGGUUUCUCUGCUAAGGAGCACGUAAAAGGACACAUGGUGAAUGUUGUGAAAGGACUGAAGUUGUAUGAGGAAGUGUUCACCGAUUUAGAGUUGGCUAAGCUCAGUGAGUUUGUGACUGAGCUUCGAUCUGCUGGCCAUAAAGGGGAACUGUCAGGCGAAACUUUCAUUCUGUUCAACAAACAAAUUAAAGGAAACAAGAGAGAACUGAUUCAGCUCGGUGUUCCAAUUUUCGGACCGACAAUCAAUAUAGAACCAAUUCCUGCUCUUCUCCAAGGUGUUAUAAAACACCUGAUCCAGUGGCAACUUGUACCUGAAUAUAAAAGACCAAAUGGUUGCAUAAUUAACUUCUUUGAUGAGGGUGAAUAUUCACAGCCGUUUCUUAAACCUCCACAUUUGGACCAACCCAUCUCCACUCUUCUUCUCUCUGAAUCAACCAUGGCUUUUGGGCGCACUCUCGUGAGUGAUAGCGAAGGAAACUAUAGGGGGGCACUCCAACUUUCUUUGAAAGAAGGAUCUCUUCUAGUAAUGAGGGGAAACAGUUCUGACAUGGCAAGACACGUUAUGUGCCCAUCUCCAAGCAAGAGGGUUAGCAUUACGUUCUUCCGAGUCCGGCCCGAUACCAACCAGGUUCAUUCACCACUGACUGCUCCCCAGGCUGGUCUGACGACAGUGUGGCAACCGAGUGUGCCAGUGCCAUAUGAAAUGUUAAAUGAAGCUCUCAAUGGCUACAAGGCACUGGAUAUGAUGCCGAAACUGGGAGUCAUCCGUGGCCCUGUUGUCAUGCUAACUCCCGUGAGUCCAAUGGUAAUGAGCCCCGAAAAACUUCCUCGUGGCGGUACGGGUGUCUUCUUGCCCUGGACAAUGCGAUCAAGAAAGCCAACCAAGCACCUUCCACCGCGUGCCCAGAAAGGAAACAUGCUCGCAUUGCCUUCUUCUGUUGAAACACAUGUAGCAGAAUCAACUUCUAGUCAACAUUAAACCGAAAUCCGGAGGAUUGUUCAUGCAGCUUAAGUACUGUAAAAGUUGGUUUGUUUUCCCCACUUCAUUUUUUCCUUUCACUCUUUUUUCCCCCACAGCAAAGUUAGGUUCAAUUAGUUUGUGAACAGCUUGUUGAAUGUCAUGAUAGGCCUUUAGAGGUAGCUGAGCUUUUAAAUUUGGGAGUGUGAAUUUGCUCUACUGACAGGGCAUUAAUUUUGUAUUAA